AUGACAGAAACCAAGGUCACACAAGGCACCGUGGCCUUCAAGUACCCGACACUUCCCAAACCGUGCGAAACAUGGUACAAAGUACACGGGGAUCUAUCGUCGUCGUCCUCGACCCGUCGCCCGCUCGUCGUCGUCCACGGAGGACCUGGCCUGUCUCACAACUACCUCCUCAACCUCUCGCACCUGGUGGCGGCCGGCGGUGGCCACGGCGACACGUCGAUCCCCGCCAUCGUCUUCUACGACCAGAUCGGCAGCGGCCUGAGCACGCACCUGCGAGAGAAACGGCUGGACGAUUCGUUCUGGACCGUCGAGCUGUUCAUGGCCGAACUCGACAACCUGUUGGGCCACCUGGAGAUCUCGUCGUCCUUUGAUCUGUUUGGCCACUCAUGGGGCGGCAUGAUGGGGUCGCAGUUUGCGGCGCGAGGCCAUCCGGGCCUGAAGAGACUGGUCCUCGCCAACGCGCCCGCCAGCAUGCCACUGUUCGCCGCGAGUUGCGGGGCGUUGCGCAAGCACCUCCCGGCCGACGUCGACGACGCCAUCUCCCGCCACGAGCGGGACGGCACCUACGAGGACCCCGAGUACCAGGACGCCGUGACCGAGUUCUACAAACGCUUCGUGUGCCGCGUCUUCCCCUUUCCCCAGGACUUUCUGGACGCCCUCGACUGGGCCGAAAAGGACGACACCGUCUACAGGACCAUGAACGGACCGAGCGAGUUCACCAUCACCGGUAACCUCAAGACCUGGAGUGUAAUCGACCAGGUGCACAAGAUCAACGUUCCGACUUUGCUUUUGAACGCCGAGUAUGACGAGGUGGAUGAUAGCUGCUUAAACCCAUUUUUCCAAGGCAUCCCCAAAGUCAAAUGGUACCAGUUUUCCAAUACGAGCCAUUGUACCAACCUCGAGAUCCCCGAGAAAUACUGCAAAGUCAUUGCCGACUUCUUGCUCAGCUCCUAACUAGGCUGUUUAUGGUGUGAUUAGUACGCUAGCUUGUGUCUUUCUUUGCAAUCGCAAGCCGCCGAACGGACUGGUUGGACAUAAGUAUAUAUAUAUAGUGCUCUUACGAUAGGUUACGACUGCAAGAGAGAAAAGAAAUAUGGCGAGCCCUUUGGUAAAUCGUUUAGAGAGAGAAGUG